AUGACGGCACGCAGCCACAGGGGCGUCGUGGACCAGAGGCGGCACCGAGGACUUCAGGAACUUUCGUCACUGGCAGAAACAGGGCGAACGCUCCUGGGCCCAGUCAAAGCGUCCAAGUUCAUCGUGGGCGAAGGGGGUCGUGAGAGCGAGCUGGUCCGGUCAGCGCGGAGGCUGCUGGGCGCUCUGGACCUCAGCAGUGCGGGGGGCCAGCUGCUGCGGGAGGCGGUCGAGGCACAGCACGGCACAUACCACGCGGGCACCAGCACGCUCCUGCUCCUCGUGGGCGCCUGGAGUCGUGCGGCCCAGGAAUGUCUGCAGCUGGGGGUGCCCAGCCCCGUGCUGGUGGCGGCCAUGUCCGAGGGCCUGAGCUCUUGCCUCAGAGCGGUGGCCGCCCUCCAGGUGCCUCUGCGGGGACUGCCCACUCGGGGCACCGGCACUCUCGCGCGCUCGGCUCCCUGCACAGCUCCUGGCACCAGGGGCCCCUUUCUGCAGGACGAGAGCCCUGACUCGGGGCCUUCCCAGCAGCUGCAGACCACCGCUCGCCCUCCUGAGACACCUGUCGAGCCCCGUCCCACCUUCAGAGCCCGAGCGGCGGCCUGGGAGGGGCGUCUGCUCUCAGAGACCCGCCCACGGCAGUCGGCACUGACUCACAGCAGGCACUUUGCUCGGGCGCGGGGGCUUCCGGGAGAGCAGGACGCCAUCGUCCCCCGGACACUCCCCCAGGAGGGCCUGCGUGAGGCAGCCUCAGUGUCCAGGGUGCCCUGCUGUGAGGGCCCGGCGGACCUGGCGGAGCUCGAGGCGGGCCUGAGUCACGGGGACCCGGGCAGCAUGGAGCUGGUGGACGCGGUGGCACGCUGGCAGUGGCGCAGUGCCCGCACGCAGCCGGGCAGCAGCCCUGCCCCCUGCAGCCUGGACCUCUCCAAAGUAUUCACCUGCUGCUUCCCAGGCUUUCCAGAAUCUGCUUCCUGUGUCUGCCCAGGGUUCGUCAUGGCCGUGCCCUUGUCCCACAUGGCUCUGGUGGCGGCACUGCAAGCCCAGCCCAUCCGGGUGGCUCUGCUGGAGGGGGACCUCAGCGCCAGUUACCGCCACCUGGGACUCCGUGGGCCGGUGUGGUCCGUGGUGGCCGGCAUGGAGGACCCGCGGGCCAGCGCGGAGGAGCUGUGGCUGGAGCACGUCCUGCAGGUGCUGACCUCGUUCCGCGUGGACCUGGUGCUGGCCCAGGGGCGGGUGUGCCCGCGCCUGCGGGACCGCUGCCUGCACAGCGGCCGCCUGGCCCUUGGCUCUGUCAGUGGCCGUGCCCUGCAGGCCCUGGCCGAGGCUUCGGGGGCGGUGCCCCUGGCCUACGCCACGCAGCUGGAGGAGCGCUGUGUGGGCACGGGGCUGCGCGUGGCCGUCAGGGAAAGCCUUCCCUGGGAAGCCGCGGAGAGGACGGGCAGGGCGGCCAUCACGCUGUGGGCAGAGGGAAGCCCCUUGGUCACGGCCGUGCUGGCCAGCCCGGUGGUCGCCCAGCUGCCAGCCAGGGAGGACGGGUUCUGGGCAUGUGCCCACCGCCUGAGCCAGGCUCUGCGGGACGGCCGGGUCUUCCUGGGGGGUGGUGCCGUGGAGCUGCUGUGCCUCUGCCACCUGCAGGUGCUGGCCGGGACGUCCCCCGGGGAGGAGGGCCAGGCCUGCCCGCCCUGGCUGGCCUCCGCCCUGGCGCUCUACAGACCCACGGUGCUCCAGUGCCUGGCCCGGGGCUGGGACAGGUACCUGUGUGCCCUCUCGGUCAACAGCGCCACGCACGCCACGGAGCUGGACGCCAGCGCCUGCACCCAGGGCCGGGUGCGGCAGGCCCUGGCCUCGGGCUCGCCUGCCGCCUACAUCGCCAGGAUGUACGAGCAGCUGGGCUGCGGGGCUCUGGGCGUGGGCCGGGCCCUCAGAGUAUAUGACGUGAUCACCCCCAAGCUGGAGGCGUGGCGCCGGGCACUGGACUUGGUGCUUCUGGUCCUCCAGACAGACUGCGAGGUUAUCACUGGACUCGGACCCACCCAGAUAAGUUCUCAGGACUCUAGAGACCUGUUGUUUUUAUAG